AUUAAAUAACUGAUGUACCAGAAGAAAAUUAACUAAAACAAAUUUCUAGGGUUAGGGUUUAAAUGAUCAUAACCUAACUUUCUUUCUCCGUUCAGUGUUGGGAGUCGAUUGAGAAGCAGAGGAACAAUGUCGAAGAAGAACAACCUCGCCAAGAGAAAGAAGCAAUACGAAUUCGAUCUCCAAAGGGAGAAGCAAGAGAAGCAAAAGAAAGAGAAUAAGCUCCUUGCGAAGAAAAACAGUAUGAAAGUUGAUGGUAGCAACAAGAAAAAGGGUGGAUUUCAGGUGGGGAAGAGAAAAGUGAAGGUCAAGUUGACUGCCCUUGCUAAAGCCAAGGCUGCCCAGGCAAUGGAGCUUGACAACUGAGGUUUUACAUUUGCCAUUUUCCACAAUGUAUUGAAAUUGGUGGAUGACAGUGUUGUUUUAAGGUUUAAUGAUACUUUGUUCUGUUCUGUUCGUUUCAGCUAUUCAUAUAACUAUGGUAGUGUAAGGUGUAUAUUAUGUUAUAAUAUUAUUGUCUCUCUUUUACAAUUUUUUCGUCAA